UUAUAAUUAUCCACCAUUUAAAAAAGGAAGCUGCCUCCAGAGGCAUAUCUGCGGACUGGCUGUCGACGACGUCCCUGACCAAGGAGAAAAGAGCUGACGACCUGAGAGAAGAGAAAAGAGACUAAAGCUGAAAAAUGUUGUCUCUUAAGGAGCUCUGCGCCUAUGAAACCCCAUCCGUUGCUGAACUGCAGGACUUCCUGUUGGCUGACAGGCACCCCACUGGACAUGUCAACCAAGUGUGGCCCAAUGUGUACAUUGGCAAUGAAGUUGCAGCCCGUGACAAGUCAAUGCUGUACAGCAUGGGGAUCACCCACAUAGUCAAUGCAGCCAGCGGCCCCCCUCAUGUAAACACUGGACCUCGCUUCUACAGAGACAUGGCUGUAGAUUAUUAUGAGGUGGUGGCCGACGAUUCCACAGAUUUCAUCAUGAGUGUUUUCUUCUACCCAACAGCGAGAUUUAUACAUGCCGCCUUGUCCAAUAAAGGGAAAGUGUUUGUGCAUUGCUUGAUGGGAGUCAGCCGCUCGGCCACACUCGUCUUGGCCUUUCUUAUGAUCUGUGAGCAGUUGACCUUAAAGGAGGCAGCACGAGUUGUUCGCCAACACAGAGAUAUUUGCCCCAACCCUGGCUUUCUCAAUCAACUCCGUCACCUCGACAUGAGCCUCGUGCGCGAAAGGAAGAGGAAGCUUGAAGCUUUCAACAAGAAAACGCUUCCUGCCACACUGCAAAAAUGGUUCAGGAACGGUUUGAGGAACAUGACCGAGUUGAAGGUGUUGACUUGGCUUCCAGCUUCCUCAGAUCUCACUCUGAUCAAGCUGGAGGCCCACUGUUUUAAAAAGAUAAUGAAGUCUAACAGUUCAAAACCGAGCCAAAUCAAAAACACACAAAAGCCAGCACAGUGUGACCCAGACAGCGAGUACAUCACCCCAGAGCUGUUUGAGCUGCAGAAACUCUUCUGGCAAGGAACAGGAGCAGCUUACACCCACGUCAACGAGGUCUGGCCCAGAGUCUACAUCGGUGAUGAAAAGACAGCACUAGAGCGCCACAACUUGGAGAACAUGGGGAUAACGCACAUCCUCAAUGCAGCUGAGGGAAAAUGGAACAACGUUGCUACAGGUCCAGAUUACUACCACAACAUGAACAUCUUUUACUACGGAGUGGAGGCAGAAGACAUUCCAACUUUCAACCUAACACAGUUUUUCUACUCGGCAGCUCAAUUUAUUGACCAUGCACUCAGCAAACCAGACAGUAAACUGCUUGUACACUGCGUCAUGGGACGAAGUCGAUCAGCAACUUUAUUUUUGGCUUACUUAAUGAUCUACAAGAAUAUGACUGUUGUUGAUGCAAUUGAGCUUGUAAAGAAGCACCGAUGCAUUUUACCCAACAGAGGAUUUCUAAAGCAACUCCGACACCUAGAUGUUCAGCUACAAGAACAAAGGCACAAGAAACAAACUGAAAAUCCAGACAACAUAGCCUGAGACGAGCAUCUAGAUUCAUCAUGUGGCACAUAAUCUUGUGCCAAAUGGAUUUAAGCACAGAGCUUAGUAACAGGCUAUUUUUGCCAGUCACAUACCUCAGGGUUUUUUUUUUUUUUUUUUUUGCCUAAUUACAU